AUGCAGAGCUCACUCCUAGCGACGGAGGCCCUCAUCAAGAGCGGGGCACCGCUUCGUGACCAGGGGGCUCUCGUGGACAAGGGCUGCCAGGAGGCCAUCGAGUGGGCCAUCAUUGCUGGGCUCAACUUUGAAGCAGAGGGGCGCGCGGCAGGCGAGCCUCGGGCCUGGCCUCAGAUCGCAUCUCAGGCGCAGCAGGUCGCGCUUGCCAACAUCAGCUGCGCGGCCGCCUACUUCGCGAAGGACGCGCUGGAGCCGCUGAGCGACCUGGACAUCGACAAGCUGAUCAGGGAUCGGCUACAGCGGACAGGAGGUUCCGUGCAGGCCAUGGAUCUCGCGGCUCCGCAUGUGCAGAAGUGGUUGUUGGACCCCACGCUGCUCUUCAAUCCUCAGGAUGAAUGGCCAGAGGAGGUCUCGAAGGCCAGCGUGCAAGUGGCAAACGACGACGAGUGGUACGCCCUGUGCAAGCACUUGGUGGACGCUGGCAUCUUCGAGCCUGUCGAGGACCGGGAGAUCUUCCAGGUCGGGGGGAAGCAGGUCCUCGCGGGGGCCUUUGCAGCUGGCAAAGUCGGGGACCCCAGCGCCGCCCUUCACGAGGGCCACCAGGCCUGGCGGGGGUACAUGGCGUUGCGCAAACCGGUGCCUGGGUCGCUGGUGGGGCGGCCGCAGCUCAUGUGGGUCAAGAUGGCGGUCGCGGUGAUCCCGAUGGGCUGGCUGUCUGCUGUGAGCUUGUUCCAGCACCUGCAUCGGCGGCUGGGCAUCGGUGAUGGGCCUCACAGCGCGGGGCUUGAGGAGAAGGUAGAGUGGCGGCGUGACCGCCCGCUGCCGCUUGCGCCUCAAGCCAAGGCCCAGGCGUGGGUGCAGUACUACCUCGACGAUUUCGAUUCCCCCGAGAUCGUGCCCGAGAGCGUCGCCACCCUCAUCGAGGGGGCCAUCAGCGACUUUCAGGAGCGCCAGCGGAGGGCGUGCUCCUCUGCCCGCGUCCCCUGGUCGGACAAGAAGGCGGUGUGUCGGCAGCGUCGCCUCGUCAGGAUGGGCGCCCUCGUGGGCGGGGUCGCCGGCCGCGUGGGGGUCACGAUUGACAACCUGAUGAGCGUCGGGCAGAUGAUCAUGUGGCUGCUUGCUGGCAAGGAGAAGGUGACCGCCAAGGCCUGCCUCAUGGUGCUUGGGCGGCUUGCCCGAGCGUGCGAGUUUCGCAGGCCGCUCUUCGCGACGCUCGACGAGGUAUGGAUCAUCCCCGAGCUGAGGGCCGCCUCAGAGCAGGGGGGAAGCGCCCUGCAGCAGGUUGUUCGCCUGCCCGAGGGGGCGCGCACCGAGCUGCUGGCCGCCCUGUGCUUGCUGCCGAUGGCGUUCACCAGCAUCCGCGCGACCUUCGACCCCGUCGUCCUCGCCACCGACGCCAGCGAGGAGGGCGGCGGGCUGUGCUACUCGACGGGCCUCACCAAGCAGGGGGCAAAGGUGGCUGGCGCUGACCCUGGUGAGGAGGGGCUCGCCUUCCUGCCACGGGGCGCUAUGUCAUCGGUAGUGCCGCCGGAGCUGCUGCCUCGAGGGGUGCCCUUGCCGACAGUGGCGCUCUUCGGCUUCUUUGGUGGGAUCGGCGCGGCGAUGGUGGCCUUGUCGCGGUGCCCCUGGAGGGUCGUCAUGCACGCUUCCUCGGAGAUAGACAAGGGGGCCAAGAGGUGCGUCAGGCAGCGAUGGCCAGGGGUGAUCGAGCUUGGGGACAUCACCAAACUCGCCCCAGAAUCGUUGGAGAAGGUCGCCCGUUCUGCAGCUGCGGCUGCGAGCUAUGCGAUUGCAGGAGGCGGCUCACCGUGUAUUGACGUGAGCGGGUUCAAUGCAGCUGGCAAGGGGAUCACUGGUGCGAAGAGCAAGCUGUUCUUCGAGCUGCCCGAGGCCUUCAGAACCAUCGAGCGGGUCUUCGGCAAGCAGCGCACCAAGUGGUUCGUCGAGAACGUGGCGGGCAUGCCGCAGGACGACAUUGCGAUGGUCUCCGAGGUGCUUGGCGUCAAGCCGUACCGCAUCGAGGCCAUGGAUGUGGGGGCGGUGCGUAGGGUGAAGCUCCAUGUCGCUGCUGAGGCCGUCCCAGUCAGGGCUGAAGACGGCUGGAGCCUGCUUGAUCCUAGUCACGUGCUGCCGACCUUCGCUAAGCUGUACAAGAGGAGCUCUCCCCCAGCCCCGGUCGCAGGGAUCAAGACGGCCAGCGACAUCGCGAUCGAACGAUGGACAGCCUCCAGCUAUGUGACGCAGGUGUACAAUUUUGAGGAUCAGAACCUUCUCUGGAACGCGGCCAGGGACAAGUGGCGUAUCCCCACUGCUGAUGAGCGUGAGACGCUGAUGGGCUUUGAUCGAGGGUACACGCGCGCUGCUGUGAAGGACUCUUUGCCUGGUGUUGAGGCGGAAAUCAUCAGGUCGUCGCUCAUCGGGAACUCGUUCUCCGUGCAGGUCGUGUCAUACUUGUUUGCGCAGCUCUUGGCUCGAGAGGCUGGGCGUGCGGCCCCCGACAUCGUGCCGCUGCUACGCACGGGGGCGGCGCCGCCAUCGUGGGGCCAGGAGCCCGAGUUUGGGGGCGCCGAGGUUAGCGAUCCUGACCUCGAGAGGCGGCUGGUGUUCAAGUACCUGCGGAUCGCCAGCAGAGGAGGUGCAGACGUCAGACUGGACCUGCAGGCCCCCUUUCGUGCCAAGGCCUGGCCGCGCUCGGGGCUGCAGUCCAACCUGUGGACGUGGUCCAUUGGGCACGGCUUCCCGUGGAGGCAGGAGGCGCACAUCAACGAGCUGGAGGUGGGCGCAGCUGUGAAUGCGGUCAAGUGGCGUGCCCGAACGACAGCUCGAUUCGGGACCCGCUACCUCCACCUCCUCGACUCGCAGGUGGCGGCCAGCGUGCUCGCCAAGGGGCGGUCCAGCGCCAGGAGACUGUGGGGCUGGAUGCGGGCACACGCGUCGUACCUCCUCGCCUGUGGCAGCUACCCGCUGUACGCGUACGUCGACACGGCCACGGCAGCGCGGCUCAAGCGGGCCGUGGGCGCCAAGCGGCUCAGGCGUAGCAGGCCGCUUCAGGAUGGGCGAGUUGCUGCAGUCACCAGGCAGCGCUAUGAUCAGGCGCGACAGCACUUACGAGAUUUUUUCAACGAGCAGCAGCUGCGCCCAAAGAGUGUGCGAGAUGUUGACCAAGGCGUUGCCCUGUACAUCGAGCACGUAUGGCGCACGGGCGGCUCACUACUUGCAGUGAACAAUGUGCUCGCUGCGGUGCCAUUCUUCAGCCCGUCGCUGUCGGGCAAGUUGAAGCAGAGUUGGAAGCUCCAAAAGACAUGGCUUAAGUUGGGGCCCAACGCCCGUGCCAUGCCGAUGCCGCCGCUGCUUGCCCUCGCCUUUGCAGGGGCCUUCUGCUGGUGGGGCUUGCCGCGGGUGGGCGCCUUGCUCGCCGUCGGCUACGCAGGGAUGCUGCGCAGUGGUGGGAUGCUUCAACUGAGGCGGAAGGACAUUCGCAUUUUUCAGCGGCGGGUGUCAGCAAUCGUGGCGCUCCGCAACACUAAGACGGGGCAGCGAGACGGCAGGCUUGAGCUCGUCAUGAUCCGCUCCAGGGUCGCGGUGAAGCUGCUAGUGCAGCAUGUGCAACAGCUCCCGCCAGACGAGCUCAUCCUGAACAUCGGGAGGGGUGAGUUCAUGCGGCUCUUCAGGCGCGUGGUGGUCGCGCUGGGCCUCACCGACGAGAGGGUGACCUUGUAUUCGUUUCGGCGCGGAGGCGCCACGCGUGACUUUUCCGAGCUGCAGCUGUCGGAUCUGCAGCUUGCGGAUGCCCGCGCGCUCGCCUCCCAUGUCUGA